UACUACAGCAACGCAAACAAUUUGUUUCUAAUUUGCAAUUGUACGCCCACAAUUUGCAGGAAAAGAUUAACAUGCUUAGAAGUCUGACUCAAGAUAUUCAAGCUGCAUUACAAAAAGGAUGUUACAGCAUUGCUACAAAUGAGCAGCUGAAAAUAUUAUUGGGUCCAGAACAAAUUGAAUUUUUGAAGCAAAUACUGCCCGAGUUGCCUACAUACAAUGAUUUGGAUGAGGCCACUUUAGCUUUAGUUCGCAUACAAGAGACUUAUGCGCUAGAUACGAGGGAUAUGGCUAAAGGAUUUCUUGCUGGUGUACAAUAUGACAUAAAACUAACGCCCUGUGAUUGCGCUGAACUGGGCUUACGAUACUUAAACAUGGAACUGUAUGGGUAUGCACAGGAAUGGUCAACUUUAUCCCUUGAGCUGUUAAAUCAAACAGAAUUUCACAACAAAGCACCCAUAGCUGCAAUGCAAGAGUUUCGAAUAUUUGUAUUAUCUCAAGCCUUAAUUGGAGAAGAGAAUUUCGCUAGACUUUGUCGUUCACCGAAUCAAACCAUCUUAAGCUCAUCGCAUUUGCGUUGUUUUUAUAAAACAAAUGGAAAUUGGUUUCUACGUCUAGCGCCUUUCAAGUUGGAGCUGCUAUCGCUAGCUCCUUAUGUAGUUGUCUAUCAUGAUGUCAUCUCACAGGCAGAGAUCGAUGUGAUAGUAAAUGUAGGUCAGCCUGAGUACCUGGAAGCUAGUACAAUAGAUGAAAUACAUAGACCCAAAGUAUCAACAUAUCGCUGGGCCAAAGGUAAUUGGAUACCCACAGCCAAUUCCACUGAAGAACAGCAGUUAACUCUGGCAAGAAUACAGCAACGUAUUCGGGAUAUGACGGAGCUAGCAAUAGACCGUGGAAAACUGACAAAUUUUCAACUAAUAACCUAUGGAUUUGGUGGGCAAUACAAAAUACAUUUUGACUUUUCCGGAUUCUUUGAUAAUAAUGUGGCACUUAAAAAUCGCAUAGAUCUCAUUUUUAAUGAUCGUAUUGGCACAGUCUUAUUUUAUCUCAAUGAUCCAAAUGGUGGUGGUGCAACAGUUUUUCCCUUUCUAAACCUGAAGGUGGCACCAGAACGUGGCAAGGCCUUGUUUUGGCACAGUCUGGAUCCCAAAAGCUUCGACUAUGAAAUGGGCAGCUUGCAUGCCGGCUGUCCCGUGUUGGUUGGACAAAAAACGGUAUUGGUGCAAUGGAUACACGAACGAGAGCAAAUGUUUACUAAGCCCUGCUUCUAUGCUCCAGUAAGACGAACAUAUAACUACGACAUAGGAGGUCUAAGCUAAAU